CCAUCACACACACACACUGAAAACACCACCUUAAACACACACUUCAAAUGGGUUGCGUAUCUUCCAAACACAUCAAAAAAGAUCUCAAGAAAGAGACCAUUCUUAAUGGCGCCAGAUCAUCCUACACCAACCAUGUUGUUUCCUUAACUUCCUCAACCUACGGUGCUCUCAAACUCGACAAAGAUGCUGUUGUUGUUGUUCAACCGACACCGCCCGUUGCGGUUCAAAAGAGCGAGAACUCUCCAGCCCGAAAAUCGACCAACGGGCCGACCGAGGUUAUUAAUGCGUGGGAGCUUAUGGAAGAUCUUGAAGAUGAACCGAAAGGGGCCGAAUCGGGCCCGGGGAAGAAAAGCCCUAAAUUAAGAAGAGGGUUGGGAGAAAUCGAUGUGAAGACGACGCCGAUGAAGGUUGUUGUGAAUCCGAUUGGGUCGUCUCCGAAAGUGUCGAAGAGGUUUACGGGGAAGGAGAAUAAGAAGGCGUCGACAUUGCCCCCGAAUUUGAGGAUAUCGAAAAAGGGUGGGUGUGAAUCACCGGUGGAUUCGGGGUUGAAUUCGGCCCGAAGGAAGAAUCUCGGGCUGUUGUUUGACCCGGAUCGGGUUGACCCGAAUGCGAAAAAGAAGGUUCAAGAGAAUAAAGAGAACAAGAAAGUGGGUUUAGGGACACCCACUAGUCAAAAGGCGAGAAACUCGGUCGAAUCGACCGCGAUGCUCGCGGUUUUCGAGAAAAAAUCCCCGCCAGGCGGGGAAAACGCGGUGGUGAUUUACACCACCACGUUGAGGGGAAUCCGUAAGACGUUCGAGGAGUGUAACAUUGUCCGUGGGAUAAUCGAAUCGCACCAAGUUCGAAUAAUCGAACGUGACGUUUCGAUGGAUUCGGGGUUUAAGGAAGAGUUAAGGGCAUUAUUGGGAAAAAAAGAAGUUAAGGUUCCUGUGGUGUUGAUUAAGGGGAGGUUAAUUGGUGGAUCAGAGGAAAUAAUGAAGUUAGAGGAGGAGGGUAAAUUGGGUAUUUUACUUGAUGGGAUACCGACGAAGGCGGAGGCGGGUUGCAAAGGGUGUUGCGGAGUGCGCUUUGUGAUGUGUACGGUGUGCAAUGGGAGUUGUAAGCUGAUAGGUGGUGAUGGGAGGAGGAGUGUCAAGUGUUUAGAAUGCAAUGAGAAUGGGUUAGUUCAAUGCCCAUUUUGUUGUUAAAUUACUAAUCUGGACAUGAGGGAUUUGCAGGCUGGUACACAAUCAUAUGUUUUUUUUUUUUUUUUUUUGCUAUUGAGUUUAUGACCAAUUUGGUGAUAUGUUAAGGUAAUGUGUAGGUUAUGUGGUUGGUUGAUAACCAAAUAUUGUUUUGUUAAAUUCAUAUGAUUUUUGUUUGACUUUUUUAGUCAACUGGAUAUAAAGUUGGAUUUGUUUGACUUAA